AUGCACGCGGAGCAUCGCGGGCGCACGGCCAAAUGCCCCAUCGCAAACCACAAAGUUGACUACGAUUUUAGCAGAAUCGUGCCGUCGAUUCGCAUCUCCAUUGAUAAGAACAACAUGCUCUCUGAGUGCCCCUUUGAGCUCGAGAUUCUGCAAGAAUUUGCUGUUGCCGAAAAAAUCACCCUCGGCCAUGUCAAGCUAAAUCUUAGCGAAUUCGUCGAGGAAAGCGAGCCGUACAGCAGAGAUGCCCUGUCGCCUCCUAGGAUCCGCAAGCAAAGCACUGGUGGAAGCAGCAUCAGUCUUUCCAGCUCAAACCGCCGAACCAGUUCAGAGAGUCGGCCUGCUCAGGAAGGCAUCGUUCGCAGAUAUCUUAUGCAGGACAGUAAAAUCAACAGCACGCUCAAGAUUGGGAUUCUCAUGGUCCAAAUCGACGGCGACCGCAACUUUGUGGCACCCUCGCUCAAAACUGCUCCUGUAUUCGGCGGCAUCGCUGGUUUCAUGGAUCCCAACCAGAUUGAGGAUGACACUGGACCCAUGCCUAGCUUUAACAAAAAUCGGGACAACGCCGAAGUUCAGGACCUCUAUCGACGCACAUUAGCUGCGUCAUGGACGAAACAACCCGCGCAGCUUCCUGCCGAUGAAUGUAUUGAGGAUAUUUUCGCCGGUGGCAACGGAUGGAAGGCUCCCAAGGUGGGAUCUGCCAAGCGUGAUCCUUCUUCAUCCAACACAGACCCCGACGAGUUGGAUGCAGACGACCUCGGCAACAACGGCACUUUGCGACCAUCCGACUUCCGCCGCCUUGGUAUCAGUAAUCAUCGUCGACAACACAGUGCCUCCUCCGACAAAAGUGUAUCCACUGUCACUGGUGGUGGGCAUCAUCGCAACUCCCCCAGUCCACGCAAAUCACAUUCUCCGCUUAACAGCCGCCAAUCCUCACACCUAGAUGAGGACCACCACGCAGUUCGCAGCAGUCGCAGCGACAGCAUGGCCAGCCUUGUUCCUACGUUGGGUAGCAGCUCUGGAACGGAGAACAACGGGCGCGGAGAGACGAGCUACAAGCACCAACGUGAAGUGGGCGAGGAUGAACUUCGCGAUAAUUUCGUGGCCUGGCACCUCCCGGGGCAAGAGGGUCUCGCCGCAUAG